GUGGAAUGACCCUGGAAUAACCGCUUUGACUGCAACGUUUUUAGAUCCAAGAUUUAAAGAUCUAAAUUUUUUAACUCAUGUGAAACGAAAAGAAGUGCAUAAAUAUAUACAUAAUUUAAUUUUAAAAUAUCUUGAAAAUAAUAAUCAGUGUAAUUUAAAUGAUAUAGAAGAGAAUUCUGGUUCCUUAAAAUCAGCUUUAUCAUUAUUUUUUGAAGAUGUUUCUGCCAAGGUAAUAAUUUUAAUCAAGGAAGUAAAAAAAGCCCGCCAUGACGAAAUUCGUUAUAAUAGGCUUCGACUGUACGUGACUACCGUUCUGACUGUUUAA